AUGUUGCCUGAGAACUUGUCAGAUCUUAUUUCGAAGAAAUACAGUGAAGCUGUUGAAAAUAAGCACCUUUCCUUUACUGAUUCCACUACCAAGAAAUUUAAGGAUGCUAAGACUGGAAUGGGGUAUGUUGUCACCUACGCCCCCAGUUUGGCUUCGAAACCUGAACGUGGUGACCAACCCGGCAGAAACCCUUUCGCAGACCCUGAACCAGAAUUGACUGUGUUGGACAAUGUGGCUGAUGGUGAGUACAAGCUGUUACUAAACAAGUUCCCAGUGGUCCCAGAACACACUCUAUUGGUUACGAACGAGUUCAAGCAACAAACCUCGCCAUUAAGUCCUAAAGAUUUGAUGACUGCGUACAAUUUGCUGGUAAAGCUUGAUGAUGAAGACGAAAACAAGAGAAAUAUGGUCAUUUACAAUUCGGGACCUUCCAGUGGAUCUUCCCAGGAUCACAAGCACUUGCAAAUCUUGCAACUGCCUCAAAACUUCGUGACCCUACAGGAUAAAUUAUGCAGUGGUAAGGAUCAUUUCAUUCCAAAUUUCAAGACCGAACCUCUACAGGACGAUAAGGUGUCAUUCGCUCACUUUGUGGUUCCACUGCCGGAAGAAGAAGACAAGGUGGAUGAAGAUCUCCUUGCCAUGUCCUACAUCUCGCUAGUGCAACGUACUCUAACUUUUUUCCAGGAUUGGCUAAACGAAAGACCAGAACUUGCCGAUAACAAAGGUUACAACGUUCUAUUGACCAAGAAAUGGCUCUGUCUCGUCCCACGUUCUAGCACCAAGGCCAGGAGCAUGGAAGUUGGGUUCAACUCCACGGGUUACGCGGGCCUCAUUCUUGUCAAGACUCAGGAAGCUUACGAUCUCAUCGAGCAAGAUCCGCACCGCGUUGACCAAGCACUAUUAGAGUGUGGGUUCCCAAACACAGCGGGCAAGAAGUCCACCGAGUACAAUUACUAG